AUGGUCAUGCGUACCUUUAUUGGUGCAAUCCUCACGACCAUCUCUAGCUCUACCAACAUUGCCGUUCUCGUGGGUUUCAAUGGCGAACCAGGGUGGCUCUGUUUGCUUUGCUGUAAUUGUGAUAUCCUCUUUUGCAGCAUCGUGGUUCAUUGGGUUACUUCGCACGACAAUGCAGCUACCGAGAGCAGCACCGAUCUCAAGAUUUCGAUUCUGACCGCGGCACGGCACAGCUACCGAGACAGACCAACAUCGGGCGGGAGCUUGGGGUCACGGAGAGUGGGAACGGCAAGUGGGACGGGAACGGGGACGGGAGAGCCGGCGGAUGGGGACAGAGGAGACUAUGAUUUUCCCGCCGGGGGCGUCGGCCGCGGUGGUGGUGGUGGUGGUGGUGGUGGUGGUGGAAGAAGAGGCGGCGGCGGCGGAAUCGGCAUUCACCGUAGCGUAACGACAAGGACCGAGUACCGACCGCUCGACGAAAUGGACGUGACGACGUACCCGUUCCGACGCGCCGAUGCCUCUGCGUACUGGUCGACGGAGCUCCUCAACUGCGACAAGGCCAACGAGACGACGCCGCUUCACCACGAUGGCGGUCACGGUAGCGAGCCUGCGGCUGUUGUUCCAAAAAUACCACCAAUAGUACCCGGCCUCGCGGCCCCGACUGGCGUGGUAGAGACCGUCAUAGUAAGCGGCAAGGACACGCCGACACCGUUUGAGAACCAGGGAUCAUCAUGA